UUAAUUUAAAAUUUUAAAAAAAAAAAUUUCUAUUAUUGACCAAUGUAGAAACUUGAUCAAGUGUGACACUAUACCAUGGUUUCCUCUGAGCAUAACUAAAGAGAUGAUGUAAUGAUCAGAAAGAAAAUAACGGACAAAAGCUCCAACCGCCACCAACGGUCGGAACCAUGGCGAAAUUGCACCAACCUCCGAUCACUGAAACAAAUCCACGCUUUAAUGAUCAUCAAUGGCUUCAAUUCCAACCCCUCUGCUCUCAGAGAACUCAUUUACUCUUCUACCAUCGCAAUCUCAUCCGCCAUAGACUAUGCCCACCAAAUGUUCGCUCAUAUUACCCAACCAGACCUCUUCAUGUGGAACACCAUGAUCAGAGGCUCUGCCCAGAGCCCCAACCCAUCAAUGGCCCUUUCAAUCUAUUCCCAGAUGGAAAAACGGCACGUUCGUCCCGAUAACUAUACGUUUCCCUUCCUUCUCAAGGCCUGUACUAAGCUUUCUUGGGUUAAUUCUGGCUCUGCGAUUCAUGGCAAGGUUGUGAAAUUUGGGUUUGAACGUAAUACUUUUGCGAGAAAUACCCUUAUUUAUUUUCAUGCUAAUUGUGGGGAGAUAAGGAUUGCGAGUGAGCUCUUUCAUAGUUCAGCGAAGACCGAUGUUGUUGCUUGGUCGGCUUUGACUGCAGGCUAUGCAAGGAGGGGCAAGUUGGGUGUUGCAAGGAAGCUGUUCGAUGAAAUGCCUGUUAAAGAUUUGGUUUCUUGGAAUGUGAUGAUUACAGCGUAUGCCAAGAGAGGGCAGAUGGAGAGUGCCAGAGAACUUUUUGAUGUGGUGCCUAAGCGGGAUGUGGUAACUUGGAAUGUGAUGAUUGCUGGUUAUGUGCUUGGUGGGGCACAUCUCCCGGCAAUUGAGAUGUUUGAGGAGAUGAGACAUGUGGGAGAACGGCCAGAUGAGGUCACAAUGUUGAGCCUUUUGUCUGCUUGUGCUGAUUCUGGAGCUCUAGAUGUUGGCGAGAAGAUGCAUUGCUCCAUUUUGGAGGAGAUGUAUUCAGGGGACUUGAGCAUUGUACUUGGUAAUGCACUUAUAGACAUGUAUGCAAAGUGUGGGAGCAUUGAGAAAGCACUUGAAGUGUUCCAAGGGAUGAAGGAGAAGGAUGUGUCCACGUGGAACUCUAUUAUAGGAGGGCUAGCUUUCCAUGGCCAUUCUGAGGAAUCCAUUUGUGUUUUUAAGGAGAUGAGAACAAUGAAAAUCAGGCCGAAUGAGAUUACUUUUGUUGGAGUCUUGGUUGCUUGUAGUCAUGCUGGGAAAGUAAAGCAGGGCCGUCAAUAUUUCAAUAUCAUGAGAGAUGAAUACAAUAUUGAGCCGAACAUAAAGCAUUAUGGAUGCAUGGUGGACAUGUUGGGGCGUGCUGGGCAAUUGAAGGAAGCAUUUGAGUUUAUAGACACAAUGGAGAUCAAACCCAAUGCGAUUGUCUGGAGGACUCUACUGGGGGCUUGCAGGGUUCAUGGAAAUGUCGAGUUGGGAAGGCGUGCAAAUGAACGGUUACUCAAAAUGAGACAGGACCAGAGUGGGGAUUAUGUACUCCUAUCUAACAUAUAUGCCUCACAAGGUGCAUGGGAUGGAGUUGAAAAGGUGAGGAAAUUAAUGGAUGAUAGUGGAGUGAGGAAAGAACCUGGGUGUAGUCUAAUUGAAGCAGACAACAAAGCUCUCUUGCAUUUCUUGCUAGAUUUAAAACCUGAAUCAAAUACAAGGAAAAGCAAAAGCGCUCAUUGAGCUGCCAUUGAGUGUGUGUUCUUCUUAUGAUAUGCUUGUGUUGUAUCAAUACAAGUAAGCAUUAUACAUAUGAAAGCCAUUUGCACUUUUUCUUUUUUCUUUUUUCUUUUCUUUUUUUCAUAUAAGGAAUGGGUUCUCUUCAUGAGAUUUUUUGUUCAUGUCAUUGUCCACUAAUCAGAUUUCCUUGCACAAAUAAAUUGUAAUCUUUUCUUCA